GGCAGGUGCCCGUGGGAAGUUCAAACUUCUGUGAAGUUAUUUCACUGUUGUGUUCGAUCAGACCACAUGGAAGGAGGAGAAUCAGUUAAUGUUGGAACAGAUGAGCGAUGGACGUGUAUAUGUAUGGAUGGGACAAAGAUCGAGAUCAGUCUGGAACAAUUUGUGCAACAUUCAGGCUACUUUGUAGCGAUGAUAAGAAGUGAUGUACAAGAACACUUGACAAAAGAAAUUAACCUAGAAUUGCUUUCAGUGCAAACAUUGUCUCAGAUCCAGAAGCUGUUAGACAUAUUGUCAUGUCAACAGUUUGAAAUGGAGGCAGAACUGCAGGUGUUUGAAAUAUUCUCACACCUGACUGACCUGUCAGAAAUGGACAUGUUGUUGACAGCUAUUGACUACCUGGACAUGCACAAGCUGAGGAAGCUGUGCGACAAGUUCUUUUGUUCACUACACGAGUCCAGUAUGGACAAUCUGUCCUAUCUCCUACAUCUAUGCACUAACUUCACUCUUAAACAGUUAGAGAAGAAAAUCCUUUCGUAUGUGCUUGAAAAUGUUUGUAGUAUGCUUAAUUCAGAAACAUUCAACAUGUUCACGUUGUUGCCAUUUCCUCUCCUGAAACGCAUUUUAGAAAGCAACAAGGCUAAUGUUUCUUCAGAGUGGGACUUAGUAAGGGUUUUGGAUGAAUGGGCUACGAGUCAUUGUAAAAAUGACUCAGAUGAAAAAAAUAUAAUAGAAUUGGGGAAAUGCAUCCGGAUUUUAUCUUUAACAGAGAGUGAAAAUUAUGAGAAGAAGCUCACAGAAAUAAGAAAUACAUGCUUAAGAAAUCAAAUUAAAACAGCUAUAUGUGAAAUGGAAGAUGAUGAAGAGAAGUAUCUUAUAAAUCACCCAUUGCACUGCCAGAAGAGGAGAGGUCAAAGUAUACUCCUGGCCAUGAGAGUCCCUUUUGGUAAUAAACUGGACAGAGCAUGUUCAUUUUCUAAAGACUUCAGUGUUGAGAAUAACGAGGAUAUUGUUUUCAAUGAGAGUCAGCAGUUGUCAAGGUCCAUCCCGUGUGAAGCUCUGCGAGAGUUUUGUGUGUGUACACUUGGACAGUACGUGUACAUAGCUGGUGGACAAAGAAAAUAUUCCCUGGCUGGUCAGUUUGCAGUCAGUGAUGUGUACCGACUGGACUUGGAUAACCUGCAGUGGACGACGGUGAAGCCGAUGUCAGUAGAGAGGUGUUUAUUUCACAUGGAAACUAUCUCGAAGCAGCUGUAUGCAGUUGGGGGCAUCAACAUUGACGGUGAACUGUCCUCCGUGGAGAAAUACGACCCUGUGACCGAUCUGUGGACCCCUGUACAGAGUCUAGAUUAUAAGAUCCAUGAACAUGCAGGUUGUGGCCAUGGCAAGGUGAUGUACAUCUGUGGCGGCCAUGAUGGAACCAGUCACGUGGACACACUGUGUCGGUAUGAUGGAUCAAGUGAUACAUGGUCUCGGUGUGCACCUAUGCUGACAACCAGAUCAUGCCACUCGGUGAUCCGUCUCAAUGAUAGACUGUACGUGAUUGGAGGCAGUAAGAUAAAGAGGUUCAAGGUCUAUGGAAUGCAGACCAUUGAGUGUUACAGCACCACAACAGACCAAUGGUGUGAAGUCCGGGCUGAGUUUCCCAGUGUGUACACAGCAUGUCUCAGUAUAUACUCCCGCCCCAAGUCCAGUCGACUCUUGGUGCUUGGGGGGUACAGCUACAAGCGCCACGCCUACACCCUCGAGAUGCACAGCUUCUGUGAACGAACAUGCUCAUGGGUGAAGGUGCCCAUCUCAUUCAACAGCAGACGAAAAGAUCAGAGACAGGCUAUCAUUCUGGAGGUCAAGGUCAACAAGCAUUUGGCGGACCAGCUUGUGAAGAACAAAAGAUCAUGUACAUUGAAAUAAAAUAAGAAAAAUUAA